AUGAACAAAGCACCCGUAGAGCAGGCGCUCAUCAGCCUUAUACCCACUCUCAAUGGGCCUCUACCGGAGGAGCUUGUCCAAUUGUCCAUGUCUCUUCUCGCCCGCUCUCGCAACUUAGCCCACAGUCUUAAACCCGAGGAGGAGAUUGCAAGGCCGUACGCUUGUACCCAGCUGGCCUGCGACAGGCUCAAAACGCGGCUCAAUCUUCCCGCCCUCCAGCCGCGCCCUCCAUGUCCGCCGCGCAUCUACAAGAAGCUGUACAAAUAUCUCGAAAGCGCUAUGCCAGAAGACGUAACACGUGGUCCGGCGACGCCACGAAAAACCGCUACACACGGUUCUGCAUCAGCUCCAACUACGCCAAAGACACCAUUGGAUAACCGGCGGAUUCCCCGACGCACAGCGAGAGAUUCGUCGAGAUUUCCUGAGCUACCCGAUUGGGUGAUGCCCACCAUACGACUUCUGGUAAAGGAGUUCUCGUAUCCCUUCGCCGCUCCUCAUGUGAUUGCGGGAGUCGAAUCGAUCUUCCCUUUACUCAACCGCAUGGCAGCAGCGGACGAGUCUUCAAGAAGGCGCCCUACACAAGGGUUAACCGCUACCGUGAUUGAUGCCACGGCUUUGCCCCACUCCCGCAUCCUUGCUUUGGUGGCCGUUGUUCUCUUCCUCGUCUUGUCGAAAAUGCUGGACCAGGACAUAACGCCUCAGCAAUAUCGUCAAUGGCGAGAUAAUGCGAUCGCGAGCCUCCUCCGUUGCAAGGCAGGAGAAAGUGUGACCAAAGAAGAGAUUCUGGCCGAUAUAGAGAAUCUAAUGCCAAUGGCGCAAGAGGAGGGAUGGCUCGACAUGGAGUGGUUCCUCAACAUUGCUCCUCAGAGGGACAGCGAGGAGAUGGAUGGAGUGGAAACGACAUAUACCUCCGCUAGUCAUUCUAAGAGCGGGAGUCGAAAAUCUAUCAGGGAUGAUUUUGGGAGCGAGUACAUUGGCUUGGGUACCAUGAUGCAAGAUGCAACAGACUAUCUAGGCCAACGGCAGCGUGAAGACUUCAGACGCUGGAAGAUGAACAUUUUGGCCAAGAUUGGAGAAGCUGAGGCAUGA